CUAGCAGUAAAGUUAGUUGAUUGUGAAACGUCCUUGCGUCCAGACGGUUGGCAACCAAUGUUCGUGAAAUAAACCCGUUGAACGCAUAUGAAACGGCAGAACUAAGAGCUACCGUGCGGUGGAAAGCUCCAUUUCAUCGUACACCACGGCUUUUACACCCAGUAGACUGAACCCAAAAAAUACGCAGGUGGUGUGCGGUCGCAGGCUCCUACUGGAAGUUGUAACGAGCUAAGCGAAAUGAGGCUUCGUGCAAUGCGUGGUUUGCUUCGCUGUUAUCGUUACUCGUGCCAUUUGGAUAUGCCCGAGAUGAAAUUGGAUUAUUGAAUUAAAACACAACUUUCUCAUUCUGCCCACACACGAAACGGUUCGAGUGGAUAAUGGAAGGUACGAAUACACAACCGGUAACUAUCAGUGCUUGGUUUGGCUGAUGUUCCCAGAGUGUGGUGCUGGGCGUAGUGACAGCAGGAGCGAAAGCCGCAAUGAAUUUAUAUGUGCGUUUCGCGUACGAGUGCUAAUUGCCAUAAACGCAAACUGGUGAUUCACCCGUACGGUGCACCUUCCGGGGAGCAGUUUGUGGAAUGGAAAUGGCUCGAACGGAACAGCUCGGAACUUCAGCAGUGGAUUUAUGCAGGAGUGCAAAAAUGAAGUUCAAACUUAUGAUAGUGCAGUGUCUAUAGAGAAUAAUAAAUAAAAUUCAAGACGUCGAGCUAUCUGAGGUCUGACUGCAUACUUGUCGAGAAAAAUGAGCUAUAGAUAUUAAAUUCAAUUACAGUAGAGUGAAGCUGAAUAGAGGCAAGUGAAAAAAGAGUGCCGAAGCGAUGACAGCAAAAUUCAAAAGAUGCCAAGAAAAGAAGCUCUCGUAUUCCAUCGUGCGAAGGAACGGAAGCUGCUGGAGGAUAAACGAAAUUACGAUGUAGGAGUGAAAACUUUCUAUAUAGACAGAGCAUGUGCCAUCAGUGAUUGUGAUAAAAUCGUCUUCAUGCGGAGAAUGUAGAUGCAGUAAAAUAUUUUGUGAUGACAUCGUCGUAUUGCUCACACCAUCAAUGUAACAAUGUCGCUUUCGCGACCAUUGUCUUUUUGCUGACGACGAUGAUAGAUAUGAGAGAACAAACCAUGUUAACCGAGUAUCCCCCAACGACGGAAGCCGUACCAUAUUCUAAACAAAUCAGUUCGAGCAGCAAAUUGUCAUCGCCGUCAGUUCCGAUGUCGGCGACGGAGAAGAUAUUGCUUAAUGUGACAACGACAGACACGUUGACACCUUCGGAGCAGCUUCGAGAAAAUUUCUCGACACCUCAGUACGAGACGGCAGCAUUGCCGCAGUCACCGCCCACGAUUGCGGCAGCAUCAUCGCAACCAACGACCGUAGUACCAUCCUCUUCUCUGACAACAGGAGCACAGACGGUGGAUCAACACAAAUCUAACUAUAGCAUAAAGUUCACAACUUUUCGACCAUUACUAGUACCUACUUUACCUGAUAUUCGACAUAGGAUUAUACAUUCGAUGCCUUAUCAGUCCAAGCAUCACCACGAGCGGCAUUGGGGUCCAUUUUUCGAAGAGCCACUCAACGUGACUUCCGGGGCACUGCAAGUCGGCUAUCAUUUGUCAACGGAAGCAAUCCUCAACUGUAGGGUAGGGAUGCUCAAGGAUAAAACGGUGAUGUGGAUCCGUAGGACAACCGAUAAGGUAUCUCUGCUCACAGUAGGAAACAAUACGUAUAGUGGCGAUCCGAGGAUAAGAGUGAAAUUUCAAUAUCCAAAUAACUGGCGCCUACAUAUCAACCCGAUCAAGAAUGACGAUGGUGGCUUAUAUAUGUGCCAAGUUUCUACGCAUCCGCCCAGAGUUUUCGCCACCAAUCUCACAGUACUAGAACCCGCAGUCCGGAUCGUCGAUGAGAUGGGAUACGAGUUCUAUGACCGAUACUAUAAAUUAGGUAGCACAAUCGAUAUAUCAUGUCAGGUGUCGUUAUCGUAUCUGGCAACCCUGCCGGUGAGAACCCGGCCGGUGUCGACAGGACAUGAUGCCAAUAGUCUACAGAUGGUGCCAUCUGGCGGCGACAGCACCGGCGGCAUCAAUAGCGCGAGUACGACCAAUUCCAAACUUUUCAACGAGGGAGCGACAACUAGCAAUAAUAAUAAAGAUAAGGCCAAACAAUCGUUACCGCAAAACAUCGUGUGGAAAAAAGAUAGUACCGAGCUACCGAAAGAUAUCAAGCUCAGCUAUAGCCUGUCGAAGCAGUGGUUCAACAGCCGACUCUCCAUUAGACAGGCCGAGCGGAUACAUAGCGGUAUCUACACGUGCACGGUUGCCGACAAACAGACGAUCUCCGCACAAAUUCAAGUACUGAACGGUGAAACGCCGGCUGCGGUCCAGCAUAACCGAGGAGACAGGGAAAGGACAAUUUCUGCACUGAUCUUCUAUUGCGUUCUCUGCUGGAUCCAACUGCACAUAUCCUACACGUAAUGUACCGGUGAAGUCCGAGGCACGAAAGCGACAAUAUAUCAAUCAUUCCGAAAAGGCGCAACCAUCAUGAUUAAUUAUUCCCUCUUUGUGGGUGGGUCGGCGGCGGCGGUUGGCUCUACUCAUUCAACAAUCACUGGCCAACACAAUCGAAGCAUAGCCCCGGGCACAUUUAUCCAGUUGCAGAUGGUCACAAUCAGCGCAAUUUCGGUCAUCAUCCGAUUAGGAAAGAUUUCGGUGCGAAUAAUGAAGCGCCUUUAGCGGAACCACCCAACAAUAGAACCCGAGAGUCAUGAUUUAUGCAUCAUUUUUCAUCUCUGGCACCACCAACGGCUGAUGAUUCCGAAUAAGCGUUCGUUUAAUCGCCAUUCUCAGCCUCAUUGUUAUUCCAUUGCAUCUCGUUCCUACCAUUCAUCCGAAAACGUUCUUUUUUUCAUUUUAUUACCAAAAACUCUCGGCAUAUCGUGGUGGACAAAUGCACAAUGAGAAAACAGUUGACCAUUUGAUUGCACAUUAUGAAGUGAAUAAUACCAACCAAACGAACGAGAAAAAAAUCAAAAGGAAGUUUAUUUUCUAGGAAUUGAAUUCUAACAAAUUGUUAAAAGUUUAUUAACGGUUAUGUAAAUACACUACUAACUACAGCUGUAAGUGAUGUUUUGAGUGAAUAUUAGUAAGAUAAAACAACUAGUUAAAAUUCUAGUGAAUUUUGAAAAUAUUGAAACAAUAGUAAUCUCAUCUGACAAACAUUUCAAGCAGAACGAUGAAAAUGGUUAAAGGUAAAAUAUAUCUUCGAACUCAUUAUUGCAAAAUCUAUAUAUAUAUACACAAAUCUUCUAAACACACAUAUUGCAAAAACAACACAGCUGUAUCUAAAAAAUGAGUGUAAUAUAUGAAAACAAACUAAAGAAAGAAUGAACUAUUGUACUAUUAAAUCACGGGAUAAAAUAAAAAAAAUUAUAUACGAAAAGGGAACUGAGAAAAACUUACACAGCGUAUAUAAACAAACGAAAAA